CAUGCUUGGUAGUCCGUGCCGUUCACCUGGAGCUGGCGUACAGCUUAACGACGGAUUCCUGCAUAAUGGCGAUCAGGAGAUUUGUGCGAAGAAGAGGUCCCCCACGCCAAAUAUUUUCCGACAACGGGACGAACUUUGUCGGUGCCGAUCGCGAGCUUAAACGACAGAUCAAGAGAAUCAACGUCGACUGUUCCGACACAUUCACCAACGCCCGAACAAGCUGGUUAUUCAAUCCGCCCUCCGCUCCCCACAUGGGUGGAGUAUGGGAGCGGAUGGUGCGAAGCGUGAAAGAAUCGAUGAGAGCUCUCGACGACGGAAGGAAACUCAACGACGAGAUUCUGCUGACGGUGUUGGCGGAAACAGAAGCUUUUAUAAACUCUCGUCCACUGACGUACAUGCCUCAAAGUUCGGCCGACUACGAAGCGUUGACACCCAACCACUUUUUGGGUAACUCCACGGGAGAUCAGGACCCUAUGCGUGAUCCAAUCAGUCUUAGCCAAGCACUGCAAAGCAGUUACCUUCGUUCGCAGUAUUUAGCUGAUGCUACAUGGGACAGAUGGCUGAAGGAAUACUUUCCUAAUAUGAACAAGCGGUCCAAGUGGUUCGAAGAUGUGGUGUCGGUUAAACUUGGAGACCUGGUGUAUAUUGCGGAAGGCAGUCGGCGUACCUGGAUCCGAGGAAGGAUCGUGGAGCUAACCCCGAACAAGGAUGGAAGGAUCAGACGUGUUGCAGUACAAACGGCAUCUGGGCGACUCGAGAGACCGGUGGCGAAGCUGGCCGUUAUGGAGAUAGGUAACGGUGAAUCCGAGCAAGGCGAGGCGGAGGUCGUUCCGGAUUCACGGGGUGGAGAAUGUUCUGGCAUCCCUGACGUCGCUGCAUCUGAACAGACCUAACGGCCACGCUAAGAACUGUCAAACCAGAAAACGGUUAGAAGUGAAAAUUUGCGACGAACCAAGAAAGACAAGUGACGCUCUGCGUAUAUUUUAUAAAUUAACGAUAGUUUUAGUUGUUAAAGUUGUUUGUGCCAUUCCGCACAUCGGUAAAAACCCGAUCUAAGGCUGAUACCACGCACAGUCGAGCAUUCCUUUCAAAAGGGCCGAUAUAGGUUAGAUUUUCUUUUAUUGGUAUCAGAAUUAUUUGUAAUAAUGCGUAUUUUCUCAAAAUCUAGGCCAGAAAUCUAUGCUCUUUAUUUGUAUAACUUGGCAUCAAAAAACGGAUACUCCUCUUGUACUAAAGGAGACAAAUGUAAGAAACAAAAAAUCCUAUGUAAAACUU